AUGUGUGUCGAUUACACCAACCUUAAUCGGGCCUGCCCAAAGGACAACUUCCCCCUACCCCGCAUUGACCAGCUAGUCGACGCCACAGCGGGCCACGCCCUCCUUAGCUUCAUGGAUGCUUAUUCAGGUUACAACCAGAUCUUCAUGAACCCCGAAGAUCAGGCCCACACCUCUUUCAUUACGGACCGAGGCCUCUACUGCUAUAAGGCGAUGCCCUUUGGCCUCAAGAACGCUGGGGCUACGUAUCAGCGUCUGGUGAACCACCUCUUCGCCCCCCUGAUUGGCAAUACCAUGGAGGUAUAUGUUGAUGACAUGUUAGUCAAGAGUCGCACAGCUGACAAACAUAUCCCCAACCUCUCUGCCAUGUUCGCCAUCCUGAAGCGGUACAAAAUGAGGCUUAACCCCACCAAAUGUGCAUUCGGGGUGGCUUCCGGAAAAUUCAUUGGCUUCAUGAUCAGCCAGAGGGGUAAUGAGGCCAAUCCAGAAAAGAUCCAGACCAUCUUAGAUAUGACAAUACCUAACACGGAUAACGCGGAACACCCAGUGCAUUAUGUUAGUAAGGCAUUGCAAGAUGCCGAAGUUCGGUACCCAGACAUCGAAAAAUUGGCGUUCGCCCUGGUCGUCUCAGCUAGACGCCUCCGACCAUAUUUCCAAGCUCACACCAUCCAUGUCUUAACCAACCAACCGCUCCGACAGGUGUUGCAGAAACCAGAAACUUCUGGGAGGCUGGUUAAGUGGGCCAUUGAACUUGGCGAGUUUGAUAUUCAUUACAAACCCCGCCCGGCUAUGAGGGGGCAUGCCGUUGCUGACUUCUUAUCCGAAUUCACGGAGCCCCAAGCUUCAGCAGCUACCCAGCUCAUAACCGAACCCAAUCUCCCUCCGAGCCAGGACCAAACCGCCAGCAAAAGCCCUUUCGACCUGACCCAGCCCCUAUGGACCUUAUUUGUGGAUGGCUCUUCUAAUGCCCAGGGGUGUGGGGCCGGCCUCGUUCUCGUCUCCCCAGACAAGGUUGCCCUCGAGUACGCCCUCCGCUUCAAAUUCCAAGCCUCCAACAAUGAGGCUGAAUAUGAAGCACUCUUAGCUGGACUUCGACUAGCCAAAGAGAUGGACGCCAAACAAAUUUAG